AUGCAGAAAAGUGUCGAAGUGAAGCAGGUGAUUUUAGCGCUGUGUAAGCUGCUGUCUUCGGCUGGUCUCGGGUCUGUCCCCACACCGGAGACGUUCAGACGGGCGAAGUUUGGAGGUGGACCCGAUGUGGAAGAAAAUCUUUGGGCGCUUCUAGCCAAUAUCCUUGAAAAGACGAAUGCUGAUUCAUUCGAUAUCAGCAAACACCCAAAGACAGAACGAUGGAAGCUGGUGACUGCUGGGCUGUGCCAGACUGGAUACUAUGCAGAUUGGAUAUAUCGCAAUCCCCGAGAGGGAGAGGCGUCUGUGGGGUCUUUCUGCAGCAGAGACCUCCUUCUCGCACUAGGAUGGCUCAUUGCAGAUGGAACCAUGGAGAAACUAUUGUCACAGCGCGUUGAGGAACUGGACCAAACUCUGCUCACAUCCACACCUGUGCACCUGGAGAGUAUUGCCAGUGUUUCCGGUGAAAUCCAGUUAGACUCAAGCUCUCUGAGGAGGCUCCAGUGGCGCCUGGGUUCACUGAGACACCAGGGCCGGAUCCUACUGUCCAUGCAGGAAGAACGAGCGCGACUCCUGCAUAAGGUUUUGAACAUGGACCUUGGGUCACAUGUAGGCGCUGCUUCCUCAGAUGAAGAGUCUGCCAUAAUUAUAAAGGACCAUCUGGAUGUUUGUGGAGCUCUGCGGACCUGCUGGGUCGGCAUAUCUAAAGUUGGAAACAGGAGGAGAGUGUUUUCUGGACUUGGAUGGACAGCGUGGUGGACGGUCAUCAGACGGAUCUUCCAGCCAGAAAUGUUGUCCCGGCGCACAAGGGGAGCUCAGGACUUUGUGUCCAUGGAAACCGGGGCUUGGGGAAACAUGAUAAGAUGCUUCAGAGACUUUCGCAAACACAGACCCAAACUCCUCAAACCCGGGUCUAAACCAGGGACAAAAUCGGGUCCUGUCUCCCCUCUGGAGAUCUCAGCUGCAGAGGCCUCAAAGCUGCUCACAGACAUGGAGAAAGAGCUGUUGAAGAAGAGGGACAAACAGAGGAAAGAAAACCGCGAAAAGCUGGAGGAGAUGAUGGAGCAGCUGGAAGGACUCGUGCUUAUACCUCCCUGA